CGUCAGAGUUCUUAUGGCAGUCAAUCUACUUUGGCGUCCCGUCCCCUCGGGUAGAAUGCCCGUGUGAGGAGGCUGUGGGAUACCAUCCCGUGUCUCUAGCCCAUGACAAGCUGCUGCGCUGAGGACACUGCCAGUCAGGUAAUCGAUUGCCCCGGCGGCUCAUUCAUUUGUGCCGGGCAGGCUGGCGUCUCCCGCCUUGUACUUAUAUUUGGAACGCAAGGGCCGGGCCCAAUGACAUUUUGUAACUCUUUUCAGUAGAUCCUAUGGACCCAUCGAGACGAUGAGCUAGACUGAUAGGUUCAGAAGAACUGAUCAAUGGUAUCUCCUUCCACAGGCCGCCAUGAAACCCAGUCUAAGCGUUCCGAAGUUGUUGUCGUUGACUUUCUUCGUGCUUCUGCUGACUUUGACAAGUGGCGAUGCGAUCCGGCUGUGGGAUCCCUCAGCUCGCCGCGAGCCAGCAAAGUCAUUGGGUGCCCAGUCCAGGCAAUGCUCGACGAAUGCAGAGUGUUUGCGUCUUGGCAGCCCUAUCCGAAAGCAAGACGUUACUGGAGGAGCCAAGGUACAUAAGCGGGCUUCUGUCACGAUGACGACUGGCACUACCACUACACUCAGUCCGAAACCCACGCCAAGCAAGUUCUCUACAUCUAUCGCAGUAUUUGCUUCCUACAACAGUUCUUUUUUGGGAUACAUCUCUAGGUCCAACGUCGCCCCGGACGGUGUGCUCCUCCCAUUCUUCUCUGGUUUCGAUGUAAGCGAUUACCGAAGCGCUCCGUCAUUCCCAUCUGACGGUGGGUCACAGGAUUCUCAAUAUCUCCAAGUGAUAGUAGACGUGACGCCGCAUGAGACUACCUAUGGUCAUAACAUCACUUUCCCGUGGAGUGGUACCCCUCCGGCUUAUUUCCUCUGUGCUUUCAUGUACGCGAUUGCGAGAACGAGAGAUAUUAAUCAACCAUACGCCCAAGCUUAUCUUAGCGCCUGCAAUUCGCAGGGUAUUGGUACGACCCAGGCCGGUUCUCCCCCGGCUCUCGGAGAGAACGCAAUAUGGACCAUCGACGGCACUUCCGGGGAGCUUUCAGCCGUAUGGGAGCAGCCGAGUGGGGAGCUCUUACCCCUGACAUGUUACUAUGAUCCGGGUAUUCCGACCGCGGGUGUUCCACCCUCAUUCGUCUUUGUGAAUGGCGAAGACAUCUACGGAAAUAACGGCGCUUUCAAAAUAGUCAGCAUCUUCUCCCAGCGUGAAUUACUGGGCCGCCGUUGAUUACCAACCUCACAGAGACUGUUCUUGCCUAUUGAUAAGCGAUGUCGACCGCAACUGUGCUCGAUCAAAUCUAUGCCAGGGUAAUCAAGUCAACAAGCUGAAUGGGGUCGGGCGGCGUGGCGGCGCGACGAGGUGCUCCCCACGCGGCUGAAAGCUCUGGCGAAUGAGCGCUACGGUCUCUUGCAAUGCGUGAUGCAGAACCGGCGAGAGCGUAGAGCUGCGUGGAUUAUCUCACGUCGUGGUACUCCGGCCUCACAUUCCAUACUGUAUUAGUAGUCAUGCAAUCAUGCAUAUAUAGCCUAU